CCCGUCCCCAUUCUCCCCCUCCCGGUUUAUCCAUUUAUUCAUCAUAUCCACAGAUCAAUACUCCUCGCCAUUCGUAUCGCGCAUCUUGCCUAGUGAUACUUUGGUGGACAUGGGAAUCCCGUACCUAACCAAGCAUCUUAUCCCCUACGCUGAUUCGGUCUUCCUUGGUGGGGACGCCGAUGACCAGAAGCAAGAUGAAGCUCCGCGUGUGCGGUCUGUGGUCAUCGACGGUCCAAGCCUGGUAUAUCAUGUCUACUACCGACUGCUCGCCUGGAUGAACCCUGUACAUGACGUGCUUGACCUGCAACCGACCUGCAACGAGGUGAGCCGGGCGGUAGUGACCUGCCUUUUGGAAUUGACCCGCCGGGGCAUCGAAAUACAUAAAAUCUGCUUUGAUGGAGCUCUGCCUGUCUCCAAAAGGGAAACACGACGGGCACGAAUUGAAAAGUCCAGGCAUCGACUGGAAUUGUCUCGCCGGAGGGCUCCCACCUCAAGCAACGAAUGGCGGGAGGAGAUUGUCCUCCCGCCGACGCAGCUAUGGCAGGGUCGAAAUCUCCCUGCACGUUGGAGGAACCUCCCCGAGAAUCCUUUCAUGGUCUCUGCGGUCUUUGAGGACCUCCGGACUCGGUGGAAUAGAGAGCACAUUCUUCGAGAGAUCGAAUGUGAUCCGAGUCAUCUACCAGACGGGGAUUAUCCCUGGGCGGAGAUCGCGGUCAUGGUUCCAGGGGAGGCGGAUGUCGAAUGUGCCCUGGUGUCAAAGCUCACUGGUUCGGCCAUUCUCACGAACGACUCAGACCUGAUAGUCCAUGACCUCGGGCCGGACGGCGCAGUUGUAUUUCUGAACACCGUGCAACUGGUCGAGGACACCAAAGAUAAAGCCAAUGCCAGAAUCAAAGCUAUGAGAUUGCAUCCCAAUGAUCUCGCCCUUCGGCUAGGUAUAAAAAAUAUCCCGCGUUUCGCCUACGAAUUGAACGAGAACCCACAUCUUGGUUUCUCGGAACUUCUGCGCCGGUCCAAGGACAGCCAAGGGAUGACGGAUGGCUCUGAACAAUAUCGUCAAUUUCUUCGUGAAUACCAGCCGGGGUCCUAUGGUUCCUCGGCUGUUCAAGACCGUGUAUACAUCCAGAACUUGGACCCUCGAGUAUCGGAGCUGUUCUGGCAAUACGAGCUCCCCGAUGUCUUUUGUGAAGCCGAUCAACCACAUGUGUACCUUGGAAUUCUUUUCGAGGACCAUUCCCGGAAAUGUGCCUGGGAAUUUGGUCGCUUCUAUAGGGCCCUGGCCUAUUCUCUCCUGAACCAGGCUUAUCCUCCCGCGAGGCAGUUUACCACCGUCUGCGAAUUCGUCCGUCGAGGGACCCGAAUUGUUGCCGAGCAGAUUACGCUAUGCGGUUCAAAGACCCUGAUUUCAGAUCUAUCCACGGUCCAGAAACGCCUCGAUCUAGCCCAAAGUGUCUUCGGGGCUGACGAUCCGUCAACCUUCUGGGUGAUGUUCGCAGUGGCCGAGAUCUAUUGCGAUGCCUCUAGCCAGACCUCGUUUCCCAGUGCUGUGCAAUUAGAGCGAUACCUGACAAAAGGAUUCGCUGGACAAAAAACAGAAUGGACAGACGUCCACUUUCUUGCCCAAAUUCACGCCGUCUUAUAUUCGCUCCGGGUGCUACAGCAACUUUUACGAUUAUUACCGGAUGAUAACCUGACAGGUUCGAACAAGCUCAUUCUCGGCAAGCUACCACCUUUACACAAUCUUUUACCAUCGCGUCAAGACAUUAGUCGACAAUUCUCGAGCAGUAGCGGGCUUGCGAAUCGCUUGGUUUACCAACUUGUCACAACCUACGGUUGAAAUCUGUGGGCUGGCAUGAAUAAUUCAAUGAGGUGCUCGGCUCCGAUGGCGUACAUAACCAAUUCCAUGUACUCGGAUUUCUAUAUAUACACAAGACCCCUUUUUUAGGGUAUCACCCGAACAAAACCUAUUGAAGAAAAACAUCGCUAAGACAACGGAAACCCCAAAAUCCAAGGCAAAAAGUAAAUACUUGAGACUUUCGUAAAGCCAUUUUGGAACCAUGUGUAAUGGAGGGAAUAAAGUGAAGGCGAUCAGCGUCGUGCAGACCACCAACCCGGAGCGCAAAUGUGCUAGAUUUCACGAUGUCGCUGCGAGCCUAGAAUCCGCCAGCUGGAGAGAUGGGAGGGCUGAUCAUUCGCUCAACCCGGCUGAAAAUAUUGGCAUACUGUUAUGAAAUGCUCAACAAUGUCCAUCCAGGGCCACUGCGAUGAGGUAUGGGAAUCAACUUCGACAGGAGAGGUAAGUUGGCAUACGGCACAAAUCAUCAUUUUUCGGGGGCAUCGGGGAGUCGUUCAAUGACGUAUUUUCCACGAGCGACGCUCAUGAUCGGUGCACCAGG